CAGAAGGAAGCUUGGCAGCGGAGAAGGGAGGAGAUGCUUUCACCUCUUUCAUCCAUCCUUUUCGCACGAGAGAUUGGGGUCUAUUUCCAGCCCUGUCUUCUGCCAAUGUUUCCGUUUCUCUCUCUUCACAGGGAUCUUUUCUCUUUGCAGACUCUCUCAGCAGUCGAUUAGGGUUCGUUGGCCUCUGUUCGGAUCCAUGCCAUGAGUAGGCUACACCAGAUCUGCCAGGGAUUCGAGUUAUUUCUGUCAGCUAUGUUGUGCAAUGAUUUUAUGGGUGGAUAUGCCUUCCCUCUUUGCCCGUCGGAUUUCAUGUAUCUGCGGGGGUGGUGUUCCCUCUUUGCUCUGGAUAAAUUUCAGGUAUGCCCAUUAUGUUCUUCUUAUAUGCUUUAUUUGGACUCGCAGGGUCUUCAUUCAAUUCGUCGCCACCUGCAGCAUCCCUACCCUACCAUUGUAUGCCAUUGUCGAACAGACUACUCUACCAGAGCUGGACUGAGGCUACAAAAUUGAGAUGAGGGUCAUUAGGGUGACCAUGCCAACAACAUUAUUAUGUAAGGUAAAUACUCAAACCCACAAGUCUAUUUCUUUCACGUUGAAUAUAGUUGUAAAUAAAUUCACAUGUUCAAACCAAAAAAGAAGAUAAAUUCACCUGAUGUUCGUGCUGAACUUCAUGCUGCUGAGCCUGAGAAUAUAGGUGUAGGAACAAUUGUCUUGAAAAUCAGCUUCUUUAUUUGCCAUUCUAUUUUAUUUGCAUUCAUUUAUGACAGUUCCUGCAAAAUUGUGAAGUUGUACUUUGAAAUGACCAUUCCACUUGGACAUUUUCGCUUCGCAUGGGAUUUCUACUUUCACGUGUGUUUCAUUUUCGUUUGUUUAAGCCUUUAUAAACAUCAUGCAGGCAUGGAUUAUCCAGACCGCAAAAGGAAGGGUAAUUUUGGAGGGAAGAUCCUUUAGCCUGCUGCUCUGACCGCCUUACUCAUUAUUUUGCUGAACAGUUACUGUUGGUAUAAGACAUAUACUCAAGUUCUUAUGAUUAGGAACCGUGCUCAUUUUACUCUUUAGUUUGAAGAAGAAUGAGCCCUUGAAGUUUAGAGCUAGGAGAAUGUAAAAGUGGCUUUAUGUUUUAACUUUUUCUUUCCCGAGAAAAAAUUAUGUCCCAUUCUAAAUGACCAACGUAUGUUCUUUGAUGAAA